GCUGCUCUCCCCCAGCAGCGGCCGGAGCCGCCUUUAUUGUGUUAACCCAUUUGCGUGUCAAGAGCUAUUGUGCGCUUCCCCGCCUGUGCGCUGCGGCCUGGGGAGGAGGGUUUCGCUGCCGGCCGGUCACCUCCGCGGGCGCCGCCCGUCGCCCUGAUUGGUUGCUAAGUGAUUUGCAUCCAAGAGACCCUGCUGCAGAGCUCGCCUCAUUGGGAACCCUCAGCUCAGCCAUGCUAGCCUGUCUGCAGAGGACGCAGAAUCCACCAGGCCAACACCUGGCCUGCCCAAGCAAGAGCCUGGAACUGCGCAAGUGCGAGUCGGUGGCCAGCUCUAUGCAUUCCUCUCGCUACCCGAGCCCGGCUGAGCUGGAUGCCUAUGCCGAGAAGGUGGCCAACAGCCCCCUGUCCAUCAAGAUCUUCCCCACCAACAUCCGCGUGCCCCAGCACAAGCACCUUGGCCGCACUGUCAAUGGCUACGACACUAGUGGCCAGCGCUACAGCCCCUACCCACAGCACACCACCGGCUACCAGGGCCUAUUGGCCAUCGUCAAGGCCGCAGUCUCUUCCUCAAGUGUGGCCGCACCCACUGGGCCUGCCAAAAGUGUGCUCAAGAGUGCCGAGGGCAAGCGGACCAAGCUGUCACCGGCUACCGUGCAGGUGGGCAUUGCACCCUACCCAGCACCCAGCACUCUGGGGCCCCUGGCCUACCCCAAGCCACCUGAGGCUCCUGCCCCACCACCCAGCCUACCCGCAGCUGCUGCUGCCACCUCCGUCAUCCCCCUGCCAGGCCGGGGCCUGCCUCUACCACCUUCCAACCUUCCCUCCAUCCACAGCAUCCUCUACCAGCUCAACCAGCAGUGUCAGGCCCCAGGCGCUGCACCUGUUGCCUGCCAGGGCAUGGCCAUCCCCCAUCCCAGUCCAGCAAAGCAUGGUCCAGUGCCCAGUUUCCCCAGCAUGGCCUACUCGGCCACUGCCGGGCUGCCCGACUGCCGGAAAGGAGCAGAGCUGGGCCAGGGAGCCACACCAGCCCUGGCAUUGGCUGGAGCUACCAAGCCUACAGGAUAUGCAGAUAGCGGCCUGGAUUAUCUGCUGUGGCCACAGAAACCACCCCCACCACCACCCCAGCCACUGCGCGCCUAUAGUGGUAGCACUGUGGCCAGCAAAUCCCCAGAGGCCUGUGGUGGGCGGGCCUAUGAGCGGGCCAGUGGGUCACCCCUCAACUGUGGUGUGGGGCUGCCUGCAAACUUCACCGUGGGCCAGUACUUUGCUGCCCCCUGGAACAGCGUGCUGGUGACUCCAACCAGUGACUGCUACAAUCCGGCAGCUGCAGUGGCAGUGACAGAGCUGGGACCGGGGGCCGCCCGGGAGCUGGCAGGGCCUCCCGUGGACACUCUCGUGGGCCUGCCCAGCAAGAGCAUGUGCAACACAUCAGUGCUGAGCAGCAGUCUACAGUCGCUGGAGUACCUCAUCAACGACAUCCGGCCACCCUGCAUCAAGGAGCAGAUGCUAGGCAAGGGCUAUGAGACCGUGGCUGUGCCCCGACUGCUUGACCACCAGCACGCCCACAUCCGCCUGCCUGUCUACAGAUAAGGUCUGCCUGGUGGACAGAUGGACAGAUGGACACAGCACCAGGAGAGGCAGGCCACAGAAUGGGGUGGGUGGCUCACACCCUCUGCCCACGAAUGCCUAAGGGAAGCCAGGUUGGCCACUGCGGGGGUUAGGGGUGCAGGGUGACCUUUUGCACAGCAAGGCCCCUCCCCCUCACCAGCUGCCCCAGGACACAGGGAGGACCUGGGCUCAGCCAGUGACACAGAGGCAGGGAGAGAGAUGCCACUUAAACACAGGAACGGUUUGUUCUGGGUCUCUAGCAGAGGCACUCAGGCCAGGGUGGGAUGUAAGAGAAAACGGGUAGGAGUCACACACUGGGUCUCCUGCCAAGCCCCCAGUCUCCUGGAAAGGGAGCAAAGGGGGCCUAUAGAAAGUGAUUGGCCCAAAGUGUCCCCCCACCAACCAAUCCAAGUGAAGACUACCCUGCCCCCCCACUCCCCGGAGUCUUAGAGACCACAGAACUGCCAGUUCCCGUUUCUCCUCCUCUAGACUCUCCCCCUACCCGGUCCGUCCUGACACAGAAUCAUACCCCAUUCUGUACAUCCUAGGCCACCAUUUUCCCCCUUCCCUCCAAUACAUCUUACAGAGCUUCUGAGCACAGUUGUGCUGGUGGUGCACUGCUCGAGGGCACCUUGUCUAAGGAGACACAACUUGCAUCCUAGACUUGUGUAUUUAUUUCAAUUUUCCACAUCUUGAGAAAGGGGCACCAUUUUCCUAUUCGCACAAAGGCGCCACGGGGGCCAACAGUAGGCCUGCAGACUUAGAGCUAUUUGGAGGUACCCCACCUUGCCUCCUUUGGUGUCUGUGUGGGGACUCCUGGGAGCCAGUGAAGAGGCGGCCUACUGGUUUUAAUUGGGAGAUCCAAUCCAACGCCUUCUGCAAACCACUCUCCAAAGCCUGGCCCACACUGUCACAGAGGGUGUGGGGGGAAGGUAGGCAGGGGUCCCCACAGCCUGCCAUCCCCCAAGGCCUGUCCUCUGGCACUCUGGAAGCGGUACUGUAUCUCUCCCCAAGGCCUGUUCAAGCACUAAGUGCAUUUACAAAUCUCUGAGAAUGUUUUUUAUACUAAAAUCGACCAUUAUAUUCUACUGUGAGAAGUGCAGUCUGCACUAUAUUGUUUUUAAAACGAAGAGAAAGAAAAACAAAAAGAAAACACAGAUGGUGUCUCAGCUGUGGCUUGCUUUGAAGUUCCUGUUUUCCUUCUGGUUUCCUCCCCCGACUCUCAGGGACCCUGGCAGGGCAGGGCAGGGCAGAGCUGUCAUGCCCAGAGCCUGGUGUGCUUCUGUUUGUCACCAGCCUUCCGAGCCCGGCUGGCUUCCUCCACAGGGGCUGAGGUGGAACUCCUUCCCGGCUCUUCCCUGGCAGUGUGAUUGGGGACAGAUCAAGGUGGCUGGGCAGUGGCCAUGGUCCUGGCUCCAUCUCACACACCCAUGGCCUGCCCAGGGGGCUCAGCACUUACCAGGCACUGGCUGUGUGGAGAGCAUUUGUUUAUGUUCUGUAUCUGUUGGAAGGCUCACAAUAUCCUUGUAAGCAGGCAGCACAGAGAUAUGAAGUGACCUGCCCGUGGUCACACAGCAAAGCCAUGGAAACCUGGGGUUCCAGUUCUACAGUAUGUGACAAAAGGCCUUUCUGAUCUCACUGACUUGGGUCUCACAAUAGCCCUGUCAGGAGGGAGAGGAAAUCAUGCCCAUUUCGCAGGUAAGGACCAAGGCCUUGACAAACAGUGCAAGGAUGGUAGAGGUGUCCUGGAAGCACCAAAGCCCAGGCAGCAGCAGCCAGUGGAGAGAGCUAGACUGGGACCCAAUAGUGACCUUGAACUGGUUCAUCCCCAAAGAGAGCAUCGAAGGAGGCAAAAGCACAGUGAACAUUUGAGAGAUGCGGCUGGCAGUGGUCCUGGGCUUCACUAUCCCAGGGCCAUAAUAAGGGCUGCCUAAUUGGGGCUGCUUAAGCACCAGUCAUCCAGGUCCCCGCGGCCUGGACCUACCCACACUGGGUAUCAGGAAUGGGGACAGAGGCUAGAUGGGAACCCUUCUCUGGGCCAGGUCCCUCCAACUGUUCUGGGCAGAUGACCCACCUACCAUCCACCUUCUGCAGAGUGGGGUAUGUGUGCGGGGUUUGUGAGCACCAGGACACUGCAUGCAUUGGUUCCAGGAGUCUAGCUGGGGUCUGCCCCAUCCUAGCAUGGACUCCCUGUGUGCCUUGGCCAGGUUCCUUCUCCCUGGGCCUCCGUUUCCUCUUCUGGGAGCUGAACUGGCUGCUUGAUGGCAGAAGGCCAUGCAGCAUAGCUAUGGCCCUGCUCUCCUGUGUGUGUGUGUGUGUGUGUGUGUGUGUGUGUGUGUGUGUGUGUGUGUCUGUGUGUGUGUGUGUGUUUUGUGGUACUGGGGAU